AUGUCCAAUUCCCUCGAACUUCUCUGGAAGCCUGAACUCACCUCCGCAGCUCGCACCCAGGGUCAAGGUCAAGGCUUUAUCCAACUCACACUGAUCUGGGUCGUCUAUGCCGUGGUCAUUGCCCUGGUGUUCGCCAUAGCCUCUGUGUUUGUCUACAUAUACCAAACUCCGCGAGAGCGCUCUGCUUCGGUUACCAUCGUCUGCAUCUUCACCCUGACCUGUCUCCUUGCGACUGUCUUACUUUUACCUGUGGAUGUUGCGUUGGUCUCAAGCACGACCAGCUCCAAGCUUGGUCGUCGAAAGGAAUGGGCUACUCAAGACAAGGUCGACAAUAUAACCAAGACCUUGCAAAUAGUCUACUAUACUCUAUACUCGGUCGAUGCGGUCCUCUGCCUGCUGGUUGUUCCCUUCACUUACUUCUGGUAUGAAGAAUACGACGAAGCUGCCCAAGAGGAUGGCUCGCAAACAGUUGGCACUCGCUUCUGGGGAGCAUUCAAAUACACCUUUGUCUUUAUCUUCCUCUGCCUGGCCUUGUUCCUCGUCGGCUUCUUCGUUCCCAUCGCUCGUCAUCGGGAGGGCGCACAUUUCGACCUCGACUAUUUCAGACAUCUUCUGACUGAGAAUCAUGGAGAACGGGCUCUUGUCUUCGCCGUUGGUCUUCUGAUUACUGUUGGAAUCAUAAUAUACUGCUUCUAUACUGCAGCUGGCAUGGCGCUCCUCCCACUAGCCCUCAUCAAGUCUGCCCCAGCCAUCUCCGCACCCCAGCUUGCCCAAACCACCGCUACUGAACUCGAGGCCAAUCGUGAACGCCAACGUCAACUCGAAGGUCGAGCCCAAGGCAAUCCUGAUGGUCUUUCCAGCAAAGAUCGCCGCGAACUCGAAGCUCUGGUGCGCGAGGAACGAACGCUCGUUCGUCGCGAGCGAAUGGCUGCCGAGUCUACUGGCGAAGGCCGUUCCUGGGUCGUCCGAGCAUGGAUCAAGCUCGAAGCCAUCUUCCGUCCCCUGAAACUCCUUGGCGGUAUCUUCCUCGUGAUCGUUGCCCUGAUCAUCUUCGCCAGCAUGCUUAUAACCGGCAUCGACAAAGCCCGCAACUCAAUCUGCGGCCGCCAUUGCGGCUACGUACUCGCCAAAAUCAAAAUCUUCCAACCCAUAAACUUCAUCCUUGUCAAAUCCGCCAAAAUCUUCCCAAUUGACUACAUCCUCUUCACCCUACUCGUCCUCUUCUUCUUCUCCUCCAGCAUCGUUGGCCUCGCUACCGCAGGGAUCCGUUUUCUCUGGCUGACCCUCUUCCGCAUCCGCAAGGGCCACACAAGUCCCCAAGCUUUACUUGUUGCAACGGUGAUGCUCACACUCAUCACCUUUGCGCUAAACUACAGCAUCGCCAUGGUGGUGGCCCCUCAAUACGCUACCUUCGGCCCUCAAACAUUCUGUGACCACCCACUCCGCCACCCAGGCGAACAACCAGACUGCACAAACCACACCCAGCACAUCGUCCCCUGCUCCGAGACGACAAACAGCCCAGCAGCGAAGAACGUUUGCACUCCGAGCAUGGUCUCUCAGUUCCUCAACCGCGUGACGGUCAAUUAUCCGUUUUUCGGCGCAGUCGACUUCUGGGCUCAGUUCGUAUUUCUCGGCGUGUUUUUGGUGGUGUUCCUCUUGAUGCUGUUCCGGACGCCCAAGUUAGCGGAUGAGGAUGCCGAUGAGGAUGCGUUGGAAGCAGAGGAGGAGGGUCUCUUGGCGAGUACUGGAAGGAGGUUUGGUGCUACGUGGCAGGAUAUUACGGGGAGGGUAGGCAGGGUAAGUAAAAGCGGUGCUGGUGCAGGUGAAAGAGGUGCCAGGGAUGGUGCAGAUGAUUAG